GUAACCCGGAAUUAAAAGGCGUACGGAAUACGGCAAGUUGGCUGUGCGGUUGCGGAAAGAACCAGGGAUAUUAUUGCUCUUACGCAUUUUAUAGUAUUUGACUCCCUCCAAAGUAUGGCAGAUAAUGAUGAUUACAUGUCGGAUGCAUUUCUUAAUACGAUUCAAGACGUGAGGCCGGGCAUGCCCAUAUUGAAACGUGUAAAGGAAGCUAUGAAAAAAGAAGAGCUACACAAGGAAAAGAAUCUGAAAAACCGCCAGAAGACGUACAAGGAGCAGGAGCAGGAGAGUCGGGAAGCCAAGCUGCAGAACUCCAUUAGCAAUGAGAACAAAGGCUUUGCGCUUCUACAGAAAAUGGGAUACAAAGCAGGGCAAGGCUUGGGGAGGGAAGGGGCUGGAAGAGUUGAACCUAUUCCACUGAACAUCAAAACAGACAGGGGGGGAAUUGGGAUGGAGGCUGUCCAGAAGAGGAGGGCAGAAGAAAAGCUGGAGCACCACCGGCAGAAAGUGCGAAUUAAGCAACAGGUAGAGAAACAGUCCCUGGAAGACUUCAGAUUCAGGAUGAGGUCAGAGAGGGAGCAGCGGCAGACGGAGGGGGACCUGCGGAAGAGCCAGCGUGUCUGUGAGCAGCUGGACAACCAGAAGGACAUUACAGUUCCCCGGGAGAGCUGGUACUGGCCUGACACUACAAACACGGAAGAAGAAGAUGAAGAAGAGGAAGAGGAAGAGGAAGAUGAAGGCCAGCAACUAACUUCGCUGGACAAGCUGCAGAUCCUUACGUCGUAUUUGAGGGGUGUGCACUUGUAUUGCAUAUGGUGCGGCACUGCAUACAGUGAUGAGGAUGAUUUGAACGCAAACUGCCCCGGAGACACAGCUGCCGACCAUGACUGAGCGGAGGAGAGAGAGAGAGAGCAGAUUUCACUCAUCUUACAAAAUGCAGUCUUCGUUGUGAAGAUUGUGGACACUAACAAUUUCAAACAAGGAAAAAUAUCUGGCACGUUGAACAUGAUGCUUGGAAUUGUUUGCUCUACCAAGCAACCAUGAAAGCAAAUUUGUAAUUUCAUUAUUAUUAUUUUUUUUUUUGCUGUGAAAUAUAACAAGUGUGCUUAUGGCAACUGUUGUAAUGAAUCAUGUGUGAUUUUGAAAUAUGUAUUUACUUUUUAUUUUUGUAUUUUCUAGAUGAAAAUACAUGACUUGUGAAUACUGUCCCUUUACUGAUAUAGAAGUAAUUUAGUUUUAUUCUAGAGAUUCAGAAAGGAACAUUUUGGACUAUACUAGGAACCCACGACCAAAAGUAAUCAUGUCCCUCACUGUGUUCCCCAGAAUUCGCUGAAGUGUUUGUCUCGUUUUUCUUUACCCUUAUUGAUGUGAUUUUGACCAUGAGUCCGUCUGCGAUUGACACAACCGACAAUGAAUUGAGAUUAAGGAGUAUGACAAUGUCAGUGGUAUACGCUUCUUAUAAUGGGUCCCAGUGAAACAUUUUUUGAAGGACCCUCCUCCUCAUUUCUGGACACAUGUCCAUGCGCUCAAUCUAAAAGAUCCCCCCCCCCC